ACAAACGAGACACACCGUUCUCUCUCUUCUUCUCUCAAAUACUCCCCAUGCUCCUCGCCGUCCUCGUUUGAAGAAGCCAAUGGCCAGCAAUGGCAUGGCGUCCUCCCCCUCCGCCUUCUUCCCUCAGAAUUUCCUCCUCCACAUGCAGCAAACACCGCCACACCAUGACCCCCAAGAGCACCACCAGCACCACCACCACCAUGAGCACCAGCUCCCUCCGCUCGGUCCUCCUCACCACAACCCCUUCCUCCCGUCCCCCCAAUGCCCCUCCCUGCAAGACUUCCGUGGAAUGGCGCCAAUGCUGGGGAAGCGGCCGGGGAUGUUCGACGGAGGCUGCGGCGACGAGGUGACGGGCGGUGGCGGCGGCGGGGGCGCGAACGAGGACGAGAUGUCGGACGACGGGUCGCAGCUGGGCGGGGAGAAGAAGCGGCGGCUGAACGUGGAGCAGGUGCGGACCCUGGAGAAGAACUUCGAGCUUGCGAACAAGCUUGAGCCGGAGCGCAAGAUCCAGCUUGCCCGCGCGCUGGGGCUGCAGCCCCGGCAGGUGGCGAUCUGGUUCCAGAACCGGCGCGCGAGGUGGAAGACAAAGCAGCUGGAGAAGGACUACGACGUGCUGAAGCGCCAGUUCGAUGCCGUCAAGGCCGAGAACGACGCGCUCCUCUCCCACAACAAGAAGCUCCAGGCCGAGAUAAUGGGACUGAAGGGCUGCAGGGAGGCGGUGUCAGCCGAGCUGAUCAACCUGAACAAGGAGACGGAGGCGUCCUGCAGCAACCGCAGCGAGAACAGCUCCGAGAUCAACCUCGACAUCUCGCGCACGCCGCCGUCCGACGGCCCCAUGGACGCGCCGCCGUCGCACCAGCAGCAGGCCGGCAAUGGUGGCGGUGGCAUGAUCCCCUUCUACCCCUCCGUCUCACGCGCUGGGGUCGACAUCGACCAGCUCCUGCACGCCUCCUCCGUCCCCAAGAUGGAGCACCACCCCGACACGGCCAGCUUCGGCAACCUGCUCUGCGGCGUCGACGAGCCGCCGCCCUUCUGGCCGUGGGCGGAUCACCAGCACUUCAACUGA